CUAAUUGCUAGCGCCUAUAAAUAAUGACGAUCUCCAAGAGGCUCCAGUCCCUGUCGAACAUGCUUCGGCGGAUCUUCGCGUUUUUGAUAUUGGGCGGUCUCGUCGCCGUUUGUUCUUGCGAACCUGUCAAUAGAACGCUUUUGCUGGAAACUGCGGGGACCAUCAAGUGCACCGAUGAUGAGGGUGAUACGUCCCCAUGCCGCACCGGUCAGACGACGAUCGACACUUCCACGCUAGAACCACGCGAGAAUCAAACGCGGACCGGCAGGAAAUUCGAACGAACAUUUUUGGAAAACAGCGAUGAUGCUACGAGUAAAGUUUCUGCCCGAAAGAAGGGUAGACAACGUUUCGGCAGAAUACUAUUAUACCUGCUUGGAGCUAUGAAGGCAGCACUGAUUUACGGAUUAUUGCAUGGAGUUGCAGCACUUGCAGGAAAGGCAGUACUAGUUGCUAAAGUAGCUUUGGCCCUUGCCAUUGCUGCAAUUAUAAAAAAGAAUGAUCACGAAAAGGUAUCUUAUGAAAUAGUAAAACAUCCACAUCACAGUCACUCACAUACUUACAGUUCAAGCAUCGAUUACGAUCAUCGUGGCGAUUUCGGAGAUGAAGGCUAUGAUCAUCGACAGCGACGGCGAAUUCUUCCAUUGAAGUAGAUCUUAAACAUUUUUAACGACUGACAAGUGUAAGAAAUAUUAAAAUAAAAUUAUUCGUAAUUAUUCCCCCAAAUUGUUUGAUGUUAAAAACCGAUAGAAGUUACCAACAUACAUAUAAUUUUAUUAUAUGUUGAAUAUUAUAUAUAUUUAUAUUACAUAAUAUAUUGAAUAAUACAUAUUGAAUAACUUUAUGAAUUUUAGUAUCUUUUAACAAGAAAUUUGCUUAUGCAUCUAACAUUGUGUAAUAUCUAUAGCUUCUAUAUAUUGUGUAAUAUUAUACAACAUCUAACAUUAUGUAAAUAUCUUUAAACAUGUACGGGUAUAUAUAUUAUGAC